AGUGAACUUUAAUUGCACGUAAAACACGCUUUCUUGUCUUUUUUCAGUCAGUGUUACUGUCACUUUUGCCAAAAUAAGUUCUUUUUGUGUUUUUAUGAAACUUGCAAGUCAAUCUCACUAGUUAUGGAAUUUCUUUUUUUGCUUCUUUGUGAAUUCUGAUUUUUGAAGAAUCUUGAAACCCCUUUUUCUUUUUUCUUUUUUAUGAUGGAGGGUUAUGAAUUUGUGAAGGAUUUGGGUUGUGGUAAUUUUGGUGUAGCUAAGCUUGUAAGAGAUAAUAAGACCAAAGAGCUCUUUGCUGUCAAGUUCUUUGAAAGAGGCCAAAAGAUUGAUGAACAUGUACAAAGGGAGAUUAUGAAUCAUAGAUCAUUAAGUCAUCCAAAUAUAAUCAGAUUCAAAGAGGUCUUGCUGACGCCUACUCAUCUAGCAAUAGUAAUGGAGUAUGCUGCAGGAGGAGAACUCUUUCAGAGGAUUUGCAAUGCUGGAAGGUUCAAUGAAGAUGAGGCCAGAUUCUUCUUUCAGCAAUUGAUAUCAGGGGUUAGCUACUGCCAUUUCAUGCAAAUCUGUCAUAGAGAUCUCAAAUUGGAAAAUACAUUACUGGAUGGAAGUACUGCACCGCGUGUAAAAAUAUGUGAUUUUGGUUACUCCAAGUCAUCUCUCUUUCAUUCUCAACCAAAGUCCACUGUAGGGACACCGGCUUAUGUUGCACCCGAGAUCUUAUCAAAGAAAGAAUAUGACGGGAAGGUUGCAGAUGUUUGGUCUUGUGGAGUCACUUUAUAUGUAAUGCUGGUCGGAGCUUAUCCAUUUGAAGAUCCCACUGAUCCGAAGAACUUCCUAAAGACCAUAUCCAGAAUAUUUAGCGUCCAGUACUCAGUUCCGCAAAAUGUACAAAUUUCCAUGGAGUGCCAGCAUCUCUUAUCCAGGAUUUUUGUGGCAGACCCUGAAAAGAGAAUAACUAUACCAGAAAUUAAGAAACAUCCUUGGUUUUUGAAGAACUUGCCUGUCGAAUUCAUGGAAGAAGGACGUCACGAGUGCAUCGAUGUAAAUAACCCGAGACAGAGCAUGGAAGAAGUAUUGGCAGUAAUACAGGAGGCAAGAAUUGCUUCACAGGUUCGUAAGGUUCUAGGAAAUUCAUCUGAAGGAAGUAUGGAACUUGAUGAAUUAGAUGAUGCUGAGGAUACUGAAACAAGUGAUGAUUUUGUUGGUCAUAUGUGAUGUGUGGACAAUGUUGUAACUUUACCAAAAGAUAUUUGAGUCUAUAAUGAUGUAAAUACACUUCAAAGCUGUCAAUUCCUCAACAAGUAACUGGACUUUUUCUA